AAUUGUAGUUAUCUCCCUUUUCUGCCAGCAACACAAACCACAGAAAUGUCAAAAGUCGACUCCAAAAGUGUUCCAAUUGAGGAAAUGGAUACCAAAAUUUUAUUUGAAAAGUUUACUAUUGAAGAAAUCAGAUCUAUAGAGAAGAAAACAAGGACAGACAUUGAAAGAAAAAAGGAAGACCUCAGGACUAUGGUUGGAGAAAGAUACAGAGAUCUAAUAGAGGCUGCAGAUACCAUCACUGACAUGAAGAAUAGUGCACAAAAUGUUAUGAGUUCCAUUGCUAAGAUGGAGGAUAUGUGUAAACAGUUGAAGGAACACCACAUGGUCAAAGGAUCAUCUUACCAUACAAGGUCACAGCCAGACCAACUUCAGAAGAGGAAGAAAGAAGUGAAGUUUUAUGGAGUAGCCUCUCAAAUUAAAUUACUGUUAGAUAUGCCAGAAAAGAUAUGGAGUUCUUUAGAUGAUAAGGAUUAUCUGACAGCGACCCGACAUUACCUAUUAUCUCGUCAUAUUCAUACCAGUUUACAACUGGAAUCCCAACAUUCUACAGACCUUCUCAGCUGGUUUCCUGUUCUAACCAGACAGUGGGCAGCUAUCAGUCAUUUUAGAUCAACCAUUCUGUCUGGGUGUAGAGGAACACUCAAAGAAACAUUUGCUGAUGACAAGUCUAUUGCUGAGUGUUUAUGUGCCAUUGUUCUGUUGGAGGACAGUACACCAAGACAAGUCUUCAAUGAGUUUCUCCUUGCAAGAACUACAGCAGUACAACAAUUGUUUCACUCCAGUCAACAGACAGCCAGUAUAAAGGACCAGAUUUGUACAGUGGUACAACUUAUUAUCAAAACUGUACACCAAAUACAUAGUGUGUUCUAUGUGGGAGACAGCACUUCUGAUAAAUUGCAAAAUAAUUUACUACUAUCCAUACUGAAUGAAGUAACAACCAAGAAACAGAAUGAGACUGGAUUACUUGAUCUACAGACAUCAAUAUCAUCUAAAUGUCUACCCAAGUCUGUCACAGAAUUUUGUCCAAGUCUAAGAUCACAUGCCAACCCAGUUUCAGAGCAACAUUUACAGGAUAAUUGUCAACAAUGGAUUAACACGUGUAUAUCAGAUGUGACAACUGGUGUUGGAAAACUGCUGAAUUUUAUCAACACAGUAAAACGUUUGGCAGACAUAAGAGAUGCUGUGUGGGAACUCUUAUCACAGGAUGAGAGUAUGAUUGGCUGGAAUACAGUUUGUAACAGAAUCAUGAACAGACAACUCUCCAUCUGGGAUGGUAUUCUGAGGAAUUUAUUUGUGGAUCGAGUCAAGUCUCUCAUCCAGUAUCAGCUGGAAUCAUCAACAGAAGUGACGAAACGUCAAGUAUCAAAGGUUGUCAUGGAAAUGGCUAAUACAGAAGAUAGUAUUGUAACAGCUGACACAGACCUGGCUUGGUAUGUUUGGAAUGAGACCUCUGGAGAUAUAGCACCUAAUAUGGCGUGGAUUCCCUCCACAGCAAGGUCAACUUCAGAUAACCCUGGAGGACUUAUAAUGAAAGCUAAAGCCUUUACUCCUGUUGUUCAGAGUUUAUGUAAGAAUUUUGAUGAGAAGUUGAAAAGCAUGCUUGAUGAUGCUACGACAUACACACAGACCAAUGAUGAAAAAGAAACAGAAAACAUUGCCUUUGAUAAAUAUUCUGACACAGAUAAUAUAUACAUACAUAUCAAGUCAUCAUGUCAUGAUUGUGUUAAAGGGUUGAUAGAACAUUUAAAUGAACAGUUGAAGUUGUGGGAGAAAUCAUUGAAAGAAAUACCUGAUGCCUUUACAAAUGCAAUAACCAAACAUAGGGUGUUACUUGUAGGAAGAUUAUGUACAGCUCUUUGUGAUCUAGUACCAUCUCUUCAAAACUGUAUCCUACGACAAAGUGAUCAGGCAAAAAUUAAAAAGGUUACGCCAAAGGGAGGCAAACCAGUUGAGGACACAGUAUGGACAAAGGUCAAAGAAAUGUUAGCUAAUUGUCAACUAGAGGCUUUCAGAAUAUGGGUAGAUCAUCUGUCAAAUGUUGUAUUGAAGGAGUUCAGAGGAGGACUUGUUACAGAUCAGAACUGUCAUAUUGUUACUAAUUGUACUAGAUGGGAUGAAGUUGAUAUACAAGAGGAAACAGAAGAUGGAAAAAAGAUAAAGUCUAAAAUAAGUGUUCCAAUGCAGCCAUCUUGGUAUGUACAGGGAUUGGUGUUCACAUUAUGUCAAGAAAUAAACAGAGUGGGAGGUCAUGCUGUUACGAGGUCUAUUUUACAAAAGCUUGUUAACAAAGUUUCAGAUGAAAUGAAAGACAAUUAUUUAGAGAUUAUACAUAAUAGUAAAAAUCCUAAAACAAAAGGUUAUGUCCCUUUACCACAACAGAGGGCGCUACAGUUAUUGUUUGAUGUUAGAUUUGUUUUGUCUAUAUUCCCAAGGAAGGAAGAUUCAAAGGAAAAUAAACUUUAUCAACAAAGAAUACAUCAGAUUAUAGAAGGAUUAGAAGAAAAGAUUGAUCCCUUUGAUUUGGAUGUCUUUUCUCCAUAUAUACAAUCUCAUUUAUUAAAACAGGCUCAGAGAUCUGCAGUACUGUAUGGUUUAGUAACCAAUAUAGAUAGAUUAAGUAUGUACGGAGGAGGAAGAACAACAUCAAGUCAGCAAGAACAACAUAAUGUAUUACCCUUGACUGUUUGUCAGAACAGAUUUACUCUCCUGCCACUGAGUACACAACCUUCAAGGUCAUCUCUGCCGCAACCAGUGUUAAAACAACCAUUACAAAAGCCCAUUGACUCUGGAAGAAGUUUAACAGAGACAGCGGCAGCAGUCCUACCACAAUCCUCCCUACAAAGUGACAUGACAAGUUCAUUGUUCAGUAAAGUGGGCAGUAUGAGCAGUAUGUCAGAUAUAUCAAACUGGUUCAAAGGAUCCAAAUAAAUCAUGUAAAAUGUGGGCACUUUUUUUAUAUGGCUAUGAAUAAUUUGAUGUAAUGAUUUACUUUCAUUUGCUGACAAAUUAUUGCACUCAUUAACAUCAAGAAUACAUUGUUUUUGGUAAUAAUCAGUUAUAAACUCUGAUGUAUAAAUGAUUUCUUUUUCAUGAAUGAGGUUAAAAUAAAUGAUGUUUUUUUUUACUAAUCUGAAUAUGGAAAAAAUGAAAAUGAAUAAUAAGUAUAUACUGUAGAUUCAUAAAUAUUUGAUGAAUACCAAUUUUCGUAGAUUUCAUAGGAACAGGGGAACCACAAAUUAAAAUGUUCAAUGAAAAACAAAUUUUCUAAGGGAAUGUAUGCAAGCUUUCCCAUAACCACGAAAUUUCUUACCCAUGAAAAUAAAUGAAUCUACAGUAAGUGCAGUUUUGGAGGUACACACCAAUGUGGUAUUGACUCAAUCAUUUACCAAGGGAAAUGUAUCAAUUGCUUGUUAUCCUAAUAAAAAAAAACAUGUCUUUGCUGAAUUGGAAAAAUGUAUUUCGGGAUUUAUUCUAUGCAGGAUUGAAAAAAAAUCUUUCCACUAGACGAUGCCACCAAUAUUUGUGCAAUGGUAUUUAAGUUCAGAUGAAUGAUGAUAGGUACAGUAAAAUAUCAUAAGAAUGUACAUAACAUAACAAAUAUCUAUCCUAAAUGACUUCUAGAUAGCAUUUUUUUGUUAAUCUCAAUACUGGAUUAUACAUCAGGACCAGGAAGGGAGUAUAGCGCUUAUAAUUUCUAAAAACCCUUUUUGAGUGCAAAAGAAUUGUCCAACUGUGAUAAAACAAUAAUGAAACAAGGUAGACAAAAAGCUUAUGAUAAAUAGUGGUAAAUGACAAAUAUAUAUAGAUUCUUACAUUGAAACCAGUGGAUUAUCGGAUUUAUCCAAUCGAGAUAGUUAAAUUAUCAAUUUUAAAGUCUGAGCCGCCUCGGCGAGGACUUUAAAAUUUAUAAUUUAACUAUCGAGAUUGGAUAAAUCCGAUAAUCCACGAGUAACUAUGUAAGAAUCUGUUUCUCUAAUGAUUAAAAGACAUUUUCUUUUUUUGUUAACCGAAAAGUCCCCUUCGAGUGCCUUUCACAUUGCACGAAGUUGUCAAUUUCAUUAACACCUGUUAUCAUAUUUUGAUUCAUCCAUUCAGCUAAAAAGGUCAUGACCCUUAAAAUCAUCCAAUGAUCUUUUGAGAUCACUAGCAACCCCACGUUGAUUAAAUUUUUUUAUACAAUGGGUUCGGAAAGGGAUAAUUUUCCAUAGAAUUAGAGAAAUUUUUUUUAAUGCAUUUGAUUUGUUUACAGUAGAACGAUUGGCAAUGCACAAUACAUUCAAGAAUUGAAUAUUGAUACAUAACUUGCAGAUUAAUAUUGCUUUUGUUGUUUGAAGUUACUAAAAUUUAACUAGUGGUUGAUCCUUUAAGAAGCUCCUCAAUAUUUAAUUACUACAGAUUUUACAAUAUUCAUAGUUAUUUUAGAAAAUU